GAAACCUUUUCUAAAUGAUAUAUUUACAUAGAAAUAUAAACACGAUAUUUUGAUGAUUAGUGGAGUUGCUUUCUUUUUCCACAGAAAAUCCGCCUCCCUACAGUAGCACGUUUUGCUAUGCAAAUAACCACAAUCAUCCAUUAAUAUGCAAAUGAGCUCGUGACGUCUUUAGAGAUUUGUACCUACGUGUUGUCCGUUAAACAGUUGUAGCUGGAGGAGGAGAAGAAGUCUGAGGGAACGCUUUGGAUCAUUUUCACGGACUAUUGUUGUAAAUAAUAUAAAUUUAGGAGUUAUCUCCCGUUUUUUGGCCAUGACACCACUAAUUAUAAUCGCUCUGGGGAGCUUUUUAGCCGGAGUCACGAGUCGGUCGUUACUCGGACAGAUGUCGGAGUCUCCUGAGGCGGGACAGUGCGGCCAGCUCACCGCGCCAUGGACCGACACUGAGGUCACCUCACUGUCCGGAGACUGGAGCCACAUGUACCGCCUGAAAGUCUUCCCCAUGUCUAAGGAGGGACCACAUCGAAUGGUUUUCCCGGAGCAGCCGCUGUUCCGCUUCGUUCGGCGGGUGUACAGGUGCUGUCAGAUGGGCCACCACUGCGGAGGGGUUAAAGGGCUCCAAGGCCGGGAGACUGCAGGCUCCACAGUGGAGUUUGUGCUGAGCCAGGACGUCUGGUCAGUGCCAAUACUGAGAGCCGAGGUUCAUCUUCACAUCUCCAACCCACACCAGCUGAACGUCCAGCCUCUGCUGCCCUGGCUCGAGAAACGCAACCUUCCUACGAGGUACAGUGUGUGGUGGAAGGACAGCGUGCUGGAGGUCAGGGUGGAUCUGCUCUUCCUCUUCCAGGCUCUUCAGGCUGUCAGAGGGAGGCGUGGAGGCUCCAGCGUGAUGGAGAUCCGGCGUGUCGGAGAUCUUCACUCACUCCGGGCUUCGGAAACGAGACCCACUGAGGCGCAGGGUGGGAACGGGAGGGCGGAGCGCCCCCCGCAGGUUCCUGUCGAGCUGGGCCUGGCCUUACACUGCAGCACCGUGGAGCUGAACAAACCCCUGCCGUGUGAGAGUCACGGGGUACGGCUGCUUCACACACCCUUCAUCACACUGUCUUAUGGAUAACACACACUCACACACACUGCUCUUGAUGUGUUUGUCAAAAGUGCUGUCUACUGGGACACUGUAAAUAUUCCAAAUACGCACUUCAGCAGGCCGUUUGAAUAUAUUUAAUUUAUGGGUGUUGUUUUGUGGGAAACUUAUCAAUGUAUGUAGUGUAAAUAAACACAUAGUUAUAUAUAAAAACCUUUUAUUUCUUUCUGAA